AUGGCAGGAUGCGGAUGGUCCUUUCAAUCUCCCCAAGGACGUAUUCUGCUUAAUGUCUCUUGCACUCACCUCAACGUCAAAUCGCCUCUACAAGCGGAAGCACUGGCCGUUCGGGAAGUCAUCCUCAAAGCCAAGUCUCUCGGUUACUUAAACAUCUCUCUUAAAUCAGACUGUCAAGGGCUGCUUGCAGCUAUCAACUCGAAGUUCCCUCCGGCUGAGCUCUUCGGAAUUAUCCGGGACAUUGAGAAUCUAUCUAUUUCAUUUACCGCAUGUUCCUUUAUGUUUGUUUCUCGUUCCUCUAACUCCUUGGCUGAUUCUUUAGCCAAGAGAGCCCUCUGUAAUGGACUCGUCCAAAAACUAGCUUUCCACUUUUAA